AUGAAGAAAACGACACAGGAAUUGCCAUCCUUCAGUAUCGGGCUGACACCGUCAGAUGAGGAUAAAAGGAAUGACACCGAUUCAUCAUCCAGUGGUGGUCAAAAACAUAAGCGAAAAACAGGAGAUGCAAAAGAUAAUGAAAAGAAGAAUAAAAAAAAGAAGGAACAUAAAAAGGGUGAUGAAUGCAUUGCUUCUCGUGGUCGUAAUAAGAAACCACAAAUAGAGGCACAAGAUUCCGAUGAGACAAGUUCGGAUGAUGAAAAUGAAAGGAAUGGUAAGAAAUUUUCUUGUGCUGUUGAAAAUGUGAAACAAGAUAUGGUGAAGAAAGAUUCUGAUGCAGAUGCAAGACUGAGGCAUAAGAUGAGUGUACCUAAGGUCUAUGACCUUAUGCAUUCAGUACAUGUCAAAAAAAGGAGAGACGAAAUAAUUGACCAACUAAACAACUGUGGCUUUGGAGGGAUGCUACAUAUCUGUAACUGGACAAGGAUCCACACCUUUUUUAUCGAUUGGGUUGUCAGAAGAUUUGAAAAGGAACAUAUGUGGAUAAGAUUGAGCGAUACGGAGGUCCUAGAGUUGAAAGAGGAUGAUGUGCAUAGAGUCUAUGAACUUCCAAUGGCUGGAAAGAAGAUAGACACUAAUCUUUGCUCUGAUGGAGCAAUUAGAAGGCUAAGGAAGGAAUUGGGAUUGACUGGAGAUUAUUCUCCAGUUGUGAAGGUUGCUGAAUUAGAAAGGAUACUGAAGACUACAGAAAAACCUAAAACAUGGAAGAUCCAGCCGGUGUAUCUUCAUAUAACUGGUGCUCACAUGUUUUAG